UUUAUAUACUGUAUAUAGCCAUCGACGUUUAAGUCAGUCAAACGAUAUGGAAAGUCUGGCCAAGCGCCAUCUGGUGUCGUGUCCGAAAAGCGGUGUCGUGGCCGUGAGAUAUUAAAGGAUAAUGUAAAAGUAGACGUACCGUACGUGUUUAUAUGUUGCCGGUGGUGAAACUGUUGCUGUGAUUUUUAACGACGAUGCUUUUUAUUAGUAAAUAUUUAGGAUUAUCGAAAUUAACGUUGUUGUUAUUUGUUCUAUGGAGACUUUCAGUAGAAUGCCGACAUGUCAGUUUUUCUCGACAGUCAGUAGAAAUUACUCCACAAAAGGAAAAUUAUUAUACAGGAGAUGAAAUGUUAGCAAAAUCUUUACCCUUCAAACUUCAAAAUAAUGAUAAACUGAUUGAAGGUGACUAUUAUCCAAAGCAAGAUGUGCCAAAUUAUACUAUUUUGCAUCCUAAUUUGAUUCCAAAUCAGUAUAAAUUAGUUGUUGUAUUUAAUAAUUCCAAAAGAAAUUUAGAAGAAAAUGUUGUUAAUCAGUUGAAAAAGGCAUUUUCUAUGCAGUUAAAUUUCCCACUUAGGAAUAUUGGAAUUGCAUUCAAAGAUGUAACUUUUUGGAGCGCAGGAGACCUCAACGUCGAUGUUCAACCUGAUAAUAUACUGAUUAGAUAGUAUUCCUUGAACUUUGAAAUACUCCCUUGUAAUUCCAACCUUUUAUUUUUCUGGCAAACAUUUCUUUUAUAGUAUUUGCGAGACUGUCGGGCAGGCACUCAAUAAGUUUUGUGUCAGUUUUUAUUUUUGAAAGAUGACAGUAUAA